GGUUACCCCUCGCCCGUCCGGAAGCUUUUCGCGAGUCUUCCAUCCGUUUCUCCUUAUUCUCCCGGCCGGUUCCUUCUGUCGCCGUCGGAGCAGCCGUUCCCCGCACCGGCCAUGGCCACCAACAUGAACCCAGACUUGCGCAAGGAGCGGGAGGCGGCUUCUUUCAACACGGAGCUUCUCACCUAUGUCUUGGACGGGGGUGUCGAGCGGACCCGGCGCCGCAAGGAGAUCGAAGCACUUGUUACAAAUGACCCAAGCUUCAAGCAUGAGGAUGUAAAUUUCCUCUCCCGUAGCCAGCGCUAUGAAGAAGCUAUCAGGAAGAGUGCUCUCAUGGUGGUGAAACUCAGAGAAUAUGGAAUUGCAGAUCCUGAUGAGAUCUACUGGUUUAAAAGCAUAUGCCCGGGCAAUAGAACUCUGCCUUUUGGUUUGCACUACAGCAUGUUUACACCCACCAUAGAGAACCAAUGCACUGUUACCCAGAAAAAGAAAUGGCUGCCUCUAGCCUCUACAUUCCAGAUAAUCGGGACCUACGCUCAGACAGAAAUGGGGCACGGAACUCAUCUCCGAGGAUUAGAAACGACAGCCACCUAUGAUCCUGCAACCCAGGAAUUCAUCCUUAACAGUCCGACUGUGACUUCUAUUAAGUGGUGGCCAGGUGGAUUGGGUAAGACGUCAAACCAUGCCAUUGUUUUGGCUCAACUUUACACCCAGGGCAAAUGCCAUGGCCUACAUGCUUUCAUUGUGCCUAUACGUCAGUUGGGAACUCAUGAGCCAUUGCCAGGCAUCACUGUUGGUGACAUUGGACCAAAAUUUGGUUAUGAUGAAAUGGAUAAUGGCUACUUAAAAAUGGACAAUUUCCGUAUUCCUCGGGAAAACAUGCUAAUGAAACAUGCCAAGGUUGAACCAGAUGGCACGUAUGUGAAACCCCUCAAUGCCAAGCUGACGUAUGGGACCAUGGUAUUCAUCCGUUCAAUUAUUGUAGGGGAUGCAGCUCGCUCUUUAGCCAGAGCUUGUACAAUUGCCAUCCGCUACAGUGCAGUGAGACACCAGUCUGAAUUGAAGCCAGGGGAGCCAGAGCCUCAGAUCUUGGAUUAUCAGACUCAGCAGUACAAACUCUUUCCUCUUCUGGCAACAGCCUAUGCUUUCCACUUUGUGGGAGCCUAUAUGAAAGAUACCUAUCGGCGCAUCACUGGAAACAUCACUCAGGGAGACCUGAGUGAGCUGCCAGAGCUGCAUGCGUUGUCUGCGGGACUAAAGGCUUUCAGUUCCUGGAUUGCCAAUGCUGGCAUUGAGGAAUGUCGGAUGGCAUGUGGUGGGCAUGGCUAUUCUCGUUGUAGUGGCCUGCCUGAUAUUUAUGUCAAUUUCACUCCCUCCUGCACUUAUGAAGGGGAGAACACUGUUAUGAUGUUGCAGACAGCACGAUUCCUUGUGAAAAGCUAUACUCAAGUUAGUUCUGGACAGUUAGUCAGUGGCAUGAUGUCCUACCUGAAUGACCUCCCAGAGCAACGUAUUCAGCCCCAGCAAGUGGCUGCCAGACCCACAACAGUGCAUAUCAAUAAUCCAUCCAGUUUGGUGGAGGUAUAUAAACUGAGAGCUUCUAGGCUGGUUGAAUUUGCUGCCAAGAAUUUGCAAGCUGAACUGAACCGUAGAAAGAGCAAGGAGGAUGCUUGGAACCGGACUUCUGUUGACCUGGUGCGAGCAUCUGAGGCACACUGUCACUACGUUGUGGUCAAACUGUUUACAGCAAAGCUUUCAGAAAUUGGGGACCCCAAUGUCCGGGCUGCCCUUAACAACCUGUGUUUACUGUAUGCCCUCCAUGGAAUUAUUAAGAACACUGGAGACUUCCUGCAGGGAGGCAUUUUGACAAAUGCACAGAUAAUUCAGGUGAACCAGCGUGUCAAGGAACUCUUGGCAAUAAUCCGUCCCAAUGCAGUAGCUCUAGUGGAUUCCUUUGAUUUCCACGAUUCCGUUCUUGGAUCUGUGCUUGGCCGAUAUGAUGGCAACGUCUAUGAAAACAUGUUUGAGUGGUCAAAGAAGUCGCCACUUAAUAAAACACAGGUCCAUGAAUCUUUCCACAAACACCUGAAGCCAAUGCAAGCCAAACUGUGAUGACGUUUGCUGCUGUUUUUAUUGUACUCUUCUCCAGUUCCCCGGAAUUGAUGUCAUUUGUCCUAUGAAUACCCAAAUCACUUGGCAAAUUCAAAUAGCCAUAGGAUAGUCAAUAACUGUAGCCUGUCUACCCAAUUUUUAAUCAAUUUUGAACGGAUUAGAGCCGGGGUACACAAGAUGAUAAAAGUGAAAUUGUAAUUAUGUCCAGAAGCUAACAUUGUUGUUUUUAAUAAUUCAGAAAAGCUUUACAGAUUGGUGUUAAAAACGUCCAUUUGUGAAGCUGUUUAAAAUGGUGCAGAAGCCUAUGUCAUCUAUACCACGAUUUUCACUACUGAGUAGUUCUGGAAGUAGUUGUUGGGGAGCAACUGUUUCCCCUCUGGAAACUCCUUUAAAAACUCUAGGUAAACUUGCACACUUUGUUGUCAUUUAUACCCACUGUAGAUGAGUUGUCAGAAUCCUCCUGCAUAUUUACUUUAGUGAGGUCCUUACAGCCUGGUCAGGAACUUGGCUUCAAAGAUGUUGGAAGAAAUAUAUUGUAUGUGUGUCCAUGAUUUUAAUCCUGUACUGUCUCAAGAAUGAACUCCUGGCACAAUGGGUACAGUCUGUCCUAAUAGGAGCACAUCUCAUUUUUGUGUGUGGCAGUGCUUUCCUUGAUGGCAACCAGGAGUUUAUCUCUCUCUUUCUCUAGAACUCUUAACUUGUAUCACACCACCCAUAAAACUGUUUCCAUGGCACAUAAAUGUGUUCUAUCUCCAGCAGGUAUAGCUGCUGCCCUUCCUCUAAGUUUCUGGUAACAUGGAAUGGGAAAAUGUCGAUAUUUCCUGCUCUUGAGUCUAGAGAAUAAUUAGGAAUACAUCCAUCUUUGUAGCUCUUACCAUUUACAUCACUUCCAAUCUGUAAAGCUUUUAAUGCGUAACAGCAGUAGGGAGGGAAACUUUCUUUGAUCCAUGUUUGACUUCAAAGGUGAACAGUAUUUGAGAUCACUGUCUCUAGUUUUUACAAGUCUUGGUAUUUCCUAGGACUCCUUCUGAAGCACUUAAAUUAUUUUAGAAGUGGGAUGAUAUGUGCCCUGCAUUUUAUAGAAUCAUAAACUCAGUGGUCCAAACUGGAUGGUCUAAAUAGAUGGUUCAAACUGGAAUGAUGGAUGAAAGUACCAUCAGCCUACACAAUCUGGAUCUCAGGGUGCCACAGAGAAUAGGUGUGCCUUUAGACUAAAUAGUUCCAGAUUAUUGUUAGCAGGCUAACAUUUUAGCUUUGUACAGAACUUCAUUCUGUGAAAUUAGCAAGACUAAAAAUUGCAGCAAAAUCGUUGGGUUUUGCCUCAUUAACUUUCUUCCAGCAAAUCAGGAUUUAAAGAUCACCAACUGAAGAACAUUUGAGUUGCCUUCAAUUAUGUGAAACUGUGUAAGUGAAGAGUCUAAACUGGUGUCUUAGUUGAAUUUUGGACCAAUUUGAAAUCCCUGUUCAAGAAGUAAACAUGCUACAGGGACUUCCUUACACUACAAUCUUGCAAGAGAAGCAUUGUAUAUUUAAACUGAAGCAAAAAGUGAUUGUAAAGUCAUUUUAACUUUCUAGCUGAUGAAGCAUUACUUCUAAUGUAUCUGAUUACUGUGCUUUUAACGUACGUGCAUACUGGCUUUCUGUGUACGUUGACUGGAAAUAGAAAACUGCGGUAGAUGACGGAACAUCUUUUCCAAAACAUACGUACACUUAAUAAAUUCACUUUGAAACAAUGAAAA